AUGACAACUCAGAAAGAACCGGAAUGGAAACGUAAGUUACGAGAAGAGAAAUUAAAAAAUAAACAAAAGACUAAAUCUGCUGUUGGUCUAACAAAAGAAGAAGAUCCUUCAAAACAAUCUUUGUCUGAGUCUAAACAAGAAAUAAGAACCUCAAUCUCUAAACCUAAACCAAAAAUUCUUACAAAACCAGAAGAAAAAACUAAUAUAAUAAAUAAAGCUGAAUCAGAACAAAUUCCUCCAAGUCAACCCGAAAAAAAAGAAGAACAAAAAAUUAUUGAAGAACCAAAAAAAAUUAUUCGUUUAAAUAGAAAUUCUGGAAUUAGUCAAAAAGACCAACAACAAUUACAAAAAGAUUGGAAACAACAAAUUGCUGCUGUUGAAAUAUUAAAUAUUCAAAAAAAAAGUGGUGUAGCUCCUCCAAAUGGAAGAAAAUCUUUUCAUCAAGGAACUUCUGCUAAACAUGCUGAUAUGAAAUUUAUUGUUCUUGGAGAAAGUGGAGUUGGUAAAACUUCACUUAUUACUCAGUAUGUUGAUAAUUUAUUUACUCCUGUUUUUGUUUCUACUGUUGGAGUAGAUUUUAAAAAGAAAGAAUUUAUUGUUGAUGGUACUCAUAUUGUCUCCCAAAUUUGGGAUACUGCAGGUCAAGAAAGAUUUAGAACUAUAAUACCUCAACAUUAUAGAGGUGUUUGUGGUGUUAUUUUUGUUGUUGAUGUUACUUUAAGAACAUCAUUUGAACAAAUUAGUUUUUGGAUUAAUGACUUAAAAACAAAAUCAGAUUCUAAAUAUUCGGCUAUUCUUUGUGGUAAUAAAAUUGAUUCAGAAGAUCGUAUUGUCACUACUGAUGAAAUGAAACAACUCGCCGAUAAAAAUGGUUUACUUUUUAUUGAGACUUCAGCUAAAAAUAAUACUAAUGUUACUGACCUUUUUAUUACACUUGCCAGAGAUGUUUUAGUUAAGCAACCAAAAAUUAUUAAUAAACCACCUCCUGCAAAAGCACCAGUAAGAGUUCAUCAGUCUUCAAAUUCUAAUUCUCCAACAGCAUCUCAAGGGGGGUGUUGUUAA